AUGUCUCCAAAGCGUGUUAUCGACUUGCGUAAAGAAGAAUUCACCGAAAAUGAUGUGUUGAUUGCUACGUAUCCAAAAUCAGGUAUCAUUUGUUACGUUUGUUUUUACUGUGUUUUAGGAACAACAUGGAUGACAGAAAUCAUAUCAGCAUUGCAUUAUGGUGGGGAUACCGAAGCGUUAAAGAAGGUCCGGCAAGAUGAACGUGUCCCAUGGUUGGAGUUGGAGCAUAGUUACUGGUGGGUCAAGAUGUUCUACGAGUACCACAGAAGCGAGGCUGAGAAGUGCAAGAACCGAACCAGACGAGUGGCCUUCACACAUCUGCCAUUGGAAAUGUUACCUAAAUCAGUUCUGAAUGGAAAGUGCAAGAUAGUCUACGUCGCUCGCAACCCUAAGGACAACGCUGUGAGCUUCUACCACUUCCACCGAAUGGCCAGAUUCCUCGGGCUACAGAAGAAUCUACAAUGGAACGAGUUCUUUGCCAUGUAUAUGAGUGGAAGCAGUAAGUUGAAAAAAUUAACCUUGUAUCUGUGUGUGUUAAACUCUUACAGAAUAAUGUUUUUUGUUGUUCUUUUUAUUUAAACCUAAAGAUUCUUGUGUUAAAAAGUUGUUACACUUGAUGUUUUAGUUUACUGUGGUUCAUGGUUCGAACAUGUUAUUGGCUACUGGAACUUCUCCCAAAAGUUGCCGGACAGAGUGUUGUUCUGCAAGUACGAAGACAUGAAAAGGGACCUCAAAGGAUCAAUCGAUCAGAUCGCCAGCUUUGUCAAUAUGAAGCUGUCCCCAGAGAUGAUGCAGAAGGUGUACGAUCAUUGUACUUUCGAUUCAAUGAAAAAGAACCCUAUGGCCAACAGGAAUAGUCGCAUGUUGUUGGACCAAACCGUGGUCAAGUUCAUGAGAAAGGGUCAAGUCGGAGACUGGAAGAACUACUUCACCUUUGCUCAAAGCGAAUUCUUCGAUGAAGUCUACGAGGAGAAGAUGGCGGGGACAGGCUUAACUUUCGAAUUCGAACAAUAA